AAAAGUUGCCAAGCUUCCGGCUGGUGGGACCAGUUUGAUUGUCGCUGCGCCCACGAUAAGGGUUCAGUGCUUAUAUUAAAGGUUGGGCAGCGAUAAGGAGUACGCACUUAUACCGCGACCGAUAUUGGAAACAUCAUAAAUACUUGGGACAUUAGACGUAACCACAACUAAAUUGACCGAGAGAGACACACCACUUCGUCUUGGCAGGCUGAAGCAUCAUGUUGAACUGGAUUAAUCUGUUCUUACUUGGUUUGCUUCUUGCAGCUGAGAAUGCGUUUUGUGGACCAGUUCCCGAAAGUUCAGCCGUUGAAGACAAGAAGCUAGAAGACAUUAAAUCUAAGCUGGCCAACCUCCAAACAUUGUUACAACAGCUUAACAGGGAUAAGAAGUCUGAUGUAACAACCCCCCUCCCACUGGCCACUGUGCCUCCCACUGAAUCUCAAAACCAGGAAGGAGAGACAGAAAAAAGUGAAGAUGAUGAAGUCUAUAGUUUUUUAAAUAAACUAACUUCGGAAGAAGUUGCCCUCUUACAGGACGUCAAAGAAAAGUUACAAACGGCUCGACAGUUGAUUAUAACAAAAGCAAUAACAGGUCAUAAUACAAAAGACAGAGAAGGUGAAUUGCUACAUGAUGAUAGUACCAAGACUGAGAAUCAUGGUCAUGGUAGUAUCAAGACAGAUCCAAACAUUCCCCAAGUCCCUGCAAACCCCACUGAGAACAAGGACAAAGGACAUUUUCUGGAUAAAGUUUGGUCAGAGAGUGAGCUUGGAAAAGUUGAAACACGUAAGGCAUAGUAAUUGAGCAAAAGUAAUAAGGAUCGAUUGAGAA